AUGGUCCUGAGGGUUCUCGCCAAUCUUCCCCGCCUCGAAUCUCUCCGUUUUGAGAUCAAGUUCCAAAAAUGCGACCAGCACUGUCCUCUUUUUAUCCCCUUCUCCUGUCCGGAUCAUCACGAAUACGAAGAUCCAACAGAGGUAUUAUCGAAUCUCCAUAUCCCAACGUUGCAAGACUUCAAGAUCGAGGCACGCAUGGUACACUCUCCCACCGUCGCUCGCUUCCUGCAACGACACGCCCAGUCAUUGCGCACCAUCAAACUACGCAUCGACGACGCCGAUGAGCCCAUCAAGAGUCUUCUGCGUGAGGACGACGUCCCCGGGCCUUCGAAUUGGCCAUUGAAACGCGCACCCUGCCCAGGCUUGCAGCUCUCUCUACCCCUUCUCGAGAAUCUGAGUGCGCCCGUUCCGUACUGGGAGAUCCUCGAUCCUAAUGCAUGUCCGAUGUUGAUGUAUGCGACCUUGCUGAAGAGUCCGACGUUGUCCUGGAUGCCGGUUUAUCCCUUGCGCUACUGUCGUCGCGUUCAUGCCUUGAGUUUUCAGAUACCAGCCACAGUUAAGGCGACGGAGACAUGCUUGCACUUCGUAAGGAAGCUGGCAAUAUACGACAUGAGGAUCGAGUACUUUGCAUGUCGGGAUGAUGCCUCUGAACUGGUACUGCUGGAGUGUAUCGCGAGAUCGCUCAAAGACUUCGGCUUUAGGAUGCUACAAGCUCUGUUCGUCAUAACGUCGAACACCUCCGGAAGUGAACACCUGUUGGCCGUCGAAGAGGUCGAGGAAGUACCUAUGAUUAUUGGGGAUGCCUGCUCUAGCCUACGUCAAUGUGUCUGGGACGACUGCGAUUGGAGGAGAACAACCACCGAAGCACAAUGGGAGACUGUGCGUGGGCCUCUGGGUCCAGAUGAAGACGAGCAUAUGCAACCUAAGGAAGACGAGCAUGUGCGGCCUGAGGAAGAAGAGCCUAUGCAGCCUCGGCGUAGCCGCCGGAUACAAGCACGAAAAGCCUUGCUGAACGCUUGA